AUGCUUAAUGCACUUGAACAUUUAUGUGACUUAAAUGCUCAUGAUUUUAUUAUCAAACCUAGAACAUCAUUUAUAUUUACAGCAGAAGAUGAAGAAGAUAUUGAAGAUAAUAUAAAUGAAACUAGUAAUGAAAUCAAUAAUAAUAAUACUAUUAAUUGUAAAAUCGAUUUAAAUCAAAAUGCUUUAAAUGAAAAUAUUAAUGACGAAAAUGAUAUGCAAAUUAACUGUCCUUUUACACGAACCCAAGAGUUAUUAGCAUCAGCUAAUACACAACAACGAUUUUUGGUCAAUUUUUUCAAGCAAUAUCUUCAAGCAGUUAUGCGCUAUGAAGAAAGUCGACGACGCUUCAAGCAUGCGUUCAAAUCACUUCCUUUUCAUAUAGUGGUGAAUGGUCUAGCUGGUUCCGGAAAAUCUUAUGUCAUUUCCAUUAUUGAACAAAUGUUAACCGAUUUUUGUAUCAGUGAAUCUGCUAUUCGAAAUCGCCCACGUGCAAGAAAAAGAUUACUAAAAAUGGCACAUACUGGAAAAGCUGCUCUAAAUAUUUUUGGUUGGACUAUUCAUACUGCAUUAGGAAUGGUAAGAUUUAAUUUUC